AUGACUGAGGCAGGGGAUUUGGCGAACAGUGAGAACUUGAGGAUGAAAUAUUUCCCUAGUUCUUUAACAAAGAACGCCUUCACGUGGUUUACGACUUUGCCACCAAAUUCCAUAGAUGCUUGGCCCCAGUUAGAAAGAUUGUUUCAUGAACAAUUCUACAUGGGCCAAACUAAGAUAAGCCUUAAGGAAUUAGCCAGCAUCAAGAGAAAAUUCACCGAAACUAUAGAUGAUUAUCUGAAUAGGUUCCGUUUGUUGAAAUCUAGAUGCUUUACAAUAGUGCCUGAACACGAGUUGGUCGAAAUGGCCGCUGGAGGUCUGGACUAUUCCAUCAGGAAAAAGUUAGAUACCCAGCAUCUAAGAGACAUGGCCCAAUUAACAGAUAGGGUUCGACAGGUCGAACGCUUAAAAUCUGAAAAGGCCAGAGCGAAUAAGAAUUAUAAGAAAGAGUGGGUUGCUUAUGUCGAAUUCGAAGGCGAAGAGUCUGAAAUUGCUGAAGACCCCUAUGGUCUUGAGGAAUUCGAAGUAGAUUUGGCAGAAUUAAAAGAAGCACCACCCUACGCCUGCAAAUUACUUACACCUUCGAAUGGCAGAAAUCCUGUCGAAACUGAAAAGAACGAGAGAUUUCCCAAAAAGACUUACACAUUUGAUGUUACCAAAUGUGACGAGAUCUUCGAUUUAUUAGUAAAAGAUGGCUAA